GUCAAGAUGCGUUUUCCGUUUUCUCUUUUUUACCUUGUCGUAAGCUCAUCAAAUAAUCUUUAAUUUAUCACAUGGUUAAAAUCUAAUACACAUGUGUUAAAAAUAUAUAUUAAUAUUUAAUAAUAAGUUCCGACAGAAGCUUAGGAGUGUAUGAUUUUAGGCCCUGCAAUUUUUUUUGUGUGUCAACACGUUUUUGGAGGUAAAAUGCGUUUGUGAGUUCCGAAGCCGACCAAGAAAUUUUAAUUAUAUUAUCAAAAGUAAUUUUCGAUAACAAUAAAGUUUAAUGAGACUAUUCCGUGCUCGAUUAGACCAAAAAAUGUGCAGUAUCUAAUGUGAGCACAUAACAACGUGAUAGUGCAGUUUUGGAGGUAAAAUGCCUGCCUCAGUUUGUGACUCCGUUUCCAAUGCAUUGCAUUUAUCAUUGGCCGAGGAGUCGCAAAAUUCAUCACUCCUCGACAACAGGCUAUACUCAUCUGUGAAAAGUGUUUUGCUAACUAACAUAGAGUUUGAGGAAUCUGGCGAUUACCAAAGCAACGUUCUCGACGGCUUGAAGACUAAGUAUGUGGUGAUACGACCCAAUAAACAUCCUGUUAUAGAAAGUAAAAUCCACAAGAAGGAUAUUUGCAAUGGAAAUCAAUCUUCUGAAAAUGGGAAAAGCAAUGAGGAAGUAUUACCAAAACCAAAAAGGACUCUCUUCUCAAUUGAUAAUGUUCAGCUGGGAUAUCAAGGUUCGUGGUCAGCCGGGGUGGGCAUGCAGAAUGUUGGCAACACAUGUUACUUGAACUCCACUCUGCAGGCUCUGUUCCAUGUGCCUGCCUUUGUGAAUUGGCUUGUAUCAGAAUCCUCACACACUGAGAAGUGUAACCAACAGGAAGCCUGUGUGAUUUGUGGUAUGUAUGCAACAUUGAUGGCAACACAGAAAAGCAAUGGAGCUCCAGUGAAGCCUUGGCAAGUGUACUCCAAACUACGCCUUAUCUGUAGACAACUUACACCUGGCCGACAAGAAGAUGCCCACGAAUUUUUAAGGUACCUGGUAGAAGCAAUGGAAAAGUCUUACCUCUCUAGAUUUAUAAACUCUGAUAAAUUAGACCAGUACAGUAAAGAAACAACUCCACUCAACCAAAUUCUCGGUGGAUACUUGAGGUCUACAGUCAGAUGUCUCACAUGCCAUCACUUAUCGACUACCUUUCAACACAUACAGGAUUUAUUCUUAGAUAUUAGAAAACAUUCAACUCUUGAUGAAGCUUUAGAUUCCUUCUUUUCUAAAGAAAAACUAGAAGACUUGGGAUACAAAUGUGAAGCAUGUGAUAAAAAGGUAUCUGCUACUAAACAAUUCUUUGUGGAAAAGGCUCCAAUGGUUCUUUGCAUCGCUCUGAAAAGAUUCUCACUAGCUGGGGGCAAGCUAUCAAAACACUUGCAGUUUAGGAAAAAAAUUAACCUCAACAAAUAUAUGUAUAACAAGAAUAACAUGCAGAAAGUUUCUUACAGGCUAGUCAGUUUAGUAACACACUUUGGGCCCUCACAAAACUGUGGACAUUACACUGCUAUUGGGCAAGGCCCCAACGGUAACUACUACCAGUUUGAUGACAGCUCAGUGCGGAGUUUACCUCUGUCAGCCGUGCUGGGAACCAACUCAUACUUCAUGUUCUACGAGAGGGACAACUCACUGGACGAUGUUAAUACAACUGCUACCAAUUCAAUGGGUACAGUUUACGGACCUCAGUUACCAGACAACAUGCUGAACAGGGAGAAGAGCCCACUUAAACUUUCUUUCUAUAAAAAUGAUGAAAGAAAAUCUAACUUGAGCAGUGCAGAAACAUCUAAAUCUGAACACAAACCAAUCAUAUUGAAUUCAAUACUGGAUAAGUCGUUGGACCAUAACUCUGUGUCUGAGCCGUGGGUCGUGAAGCAAAACGGGGAAGUUGAAAAAGUAACCCAGAGACCCAAAAUACUCAAUGGAAAUGAUGUAGAUAAAUUUAAGUUAGAUGAAGUAAGAAAGUUUAAUAUAAUAAAUAGAAAUGGUAGCAAUGAUUCUUCAUUGAAACCCAAACUGAAACCAGAUUCAGAAAAUGGUAUCAAUGUUAAGAUAUCGGAUAAAACAAUUAACAGACUAGUGAAACCGUCUAAGUCGCCAUUACAGAAACUAGAGGACCAGAUGAAUAAGAGUGAUAAUAUGUCGCAUAAUGGAGCCAGAAAUGGCACUUCCGUUGGCGUUUCUAAGCUGGUGCCAUAUGAUUCAGAGUCUAGUAGCGAUGAGCGCAGUGAUAAAAAUUCCGAGGAUAAAAGGAAAAUGUUACCAGAGAUACAAAAACCUAAACCUAGUCGCUGCGAGGCCCCACAAGGGCUUAUAAUCACAACAAAGGCUAUGCACAGCUCAUGGACUGUGUCACAGGAGAAAAAUGGCACCUUGAUGAGUCCAAGCUUGAAUGGCGACACUAAUAAAAAACUCCGGGAAGAUCGGCGUAAAGAGGAAAACGGGGAGAGCCCGAACACGAGCGUGAGCAGUAUGUCUCCUCUCAGCGACCGCAGUACCUCUGCUGCUGUAAAUAGCGCGCCGCCGCGACCGAUGGCAUCUCUGGACACUACACGCCACCUCAACACCGUGUCGCACCGCGGCUACGGCGCGCCCGUGCAGGCAUGGAGCGGCGCGCACAGCAGCAUGUCGCGACAGGUGUUUGAAGAGCGGCGCGAGGAACGCAAGCGCGCUCUGGAGGCGACCGACGACAUGGACCGAGGCCGGACAAAGAAGAUCAAGAAGUUCCACUACAACCGUUUUAACAAUAACAGGAACGGAUAUAAUCCAUUCCAGGAAAAACAAAAUAAACCGCACUGGGGGCACAACUUCAAGUAUCGCGGCGACCGUCGGCCGAACCAUCACUUCAACAAACACAACGCCAAUAAAUACAAACGCUUCAACAGAUACAGCAACGGUCACCACUAUCCCCGACACCAUUGACACUGGCCGGCCUCCUGUUGGACACGAUGUGUAAAUAUUACAGUGACUUACCCUGUUAGUCAUAGUCUAGAUUCUAGAACCUACUCUUAGUGGAGUGAAUAGAAGAAAAUUCUAACCUUGUAAAUCUGUCCAUAUAGUACAGUGAGAAUGUUACUUAUGAAUGUGCACUGCCUGUGUAAGUUAAAACAGUUCGAUGGUGCAAUAUAUGCAAUUAUUGCUUAAUUUGUUUAUAAAAAAAACAUUUUAGCGGUUUUUCAUGAAGUUACUUGCUAGUAAUAAUACAAAGUUUUUUUCCAAGUUCAUGAAAUUUCAAGUUUUACUCACCCUGAUACGAUUGUGUAUGUACAAAUGUUUAGAUUCAAGUUAUCAUAAUAUAAUGUAAUUUUGUUUUUAGUAGAUUUAACGAUAUGGGAUUCAUAUUAUGUUUAAAAGCCUCAAUAGAUGUAUAACUUUACUCUUAAUCUCUAAUGAUCAUGUAAUUAUUUAUUAACCUUAAUAUAAAGUAACAGUUUCUCAAUGCUAACUCCUUGUAAAAUUAUGUAAGUAACUUGACAGUUCGAAAGCUUAAAAACAUGAUUAAAAGUUAGGGUUAGUUUUUCCUUUCCACAUAAGAUAUAAUUAAAGUUUUGUCUUGCUACUCUAUUAACACUAAUUAAAUAUUU